GCAAUAAACCAUGGUAUGACACCUGAAUUCCUAGAUGAAGUUCCUGAAAUUGCUAAACAAUUUUUUGAACUUCUAGUGGAAGAAAAGCAUAAAUACUCCCGAUAAGUUGAUGAUAUUGAAGGCUAGGGGAGUGACGUGGUUCUUUCAGAGCAACAGAAACUUGAUUGGACCUACCGACUAUUCUUAAUUAUAUAUCCAGAAAAUUAACGUAAGCUCAAAUUUUGGCCAGAAAAUAAUCCCCAAGCUUUUAGGUAAUUUUUCUUGUGAUCUUCUUACUAAGAAGUCAGAAGAACAAAUUCUUACAUUCAUAGCUAGAGUCAAGGAAAAAUGAAUUGUGAAAGACUAGCAUGGUAAUAUUCUUCUACUUGCCAUCUGAAUAAGACUUUAAGUCUAUAAAUGCAAAUAGGGCAAGCAAUUUUCCUGAAGUAUUCAUUUCUUUGAUCAUGCCCAUGUAUAGUAUGUUUAAGCAUCAUGCACAAAAAUCAUCCCCUCCCCACUGUAUGAAGAUAAUGAGUGUGCUUCACACUUUAACAUUACAAUACAUGAACACUGCAGGAGAAUUUUGCACAAAUUUUCCAUGAAAACACAAAGGAUAAGUGAAGUUGUCUUUAAGGCAAUGGCAAGGUCAUUGAGCUUGGAGGAAAACUGCUUCCUGAGCCAGUGUGGAGAACAAGCAACACCGCAACCAAGAUUCAACUUCUAUCCAAAAUGUGGAGGUCCUGGUCUCGUUCUUGGUCUCAAACCGCAUGCAGAUGGAUCAGCAAUCGCCAUUGUCCUGCAAGACAAAAAUGUAGAAGGUCUUCAAUUGUUAAAAGACAACCAGUGGUUUAAAGCUCCAAUCAUCCCCGAGGCUCUUCUCAUCAAUGUCGGCGAUCAAGUAGAGAUAUCAAGUAAUGGAAUGUUCAAGAGCCCAGUACACAGAGUAGUGACAAAUUCAAAAAGGAAUAGGAUUUCUGUGUCUGUGUUCUAUGGUCCAGAAACAGAUAAAGAGAUUAAACCAUUUGAUAGGCUAGUCGACAAUUCAAGGCCAAGAUUAUACAAGAAGGUGAAAAAUUAUUGUGAUAUCUGUUUCCAAUAUUAUCAACAGGGAAAGAGACCAAUUGAUGCGGCAAAACUUCCACUUUAAUGUCUCUACAUCCUAAAGCUUGUAUACGAAAAAUGAUAUUGAAGUUUAAGCAUGUAUCAAAUUGGAAAGUUUCAUGAACAUUAAAAAUGAAAGUUUAUUGUGAACCAACAAAAUAUAUGCAAUCCAACUAAAGUAGUAUCAGAUAUAAACUGGCAAAGCCAGAGAUGGAGUUGUA